AUGGGCCGUUCCGGGGCAAAGAUCACACGACAGCCGUCGUCCCUGUCUCGUUCAAAACAACGCCGCUCAACGAUCGGCGGAAAAUCACGCUCCCCGCAGCUCAAACUCAGGCUUAAGAAAAACAACAAACGCAGGGCACCGCCCUCUAUAUCGAGUGAUAACUCGUCCAGUGAGGACAUGAGUACCGGUGAUGAAGAAGAAGAUGAUGACGAUAGUGGGGACUCGAGUGAAGAAGAUGAUGAAGACUCAACCUCAGCAGCAUUUGCCCCGUCUUAUGGUGGCAAGAGACGAAUUGGCCAUAAGGCGGGGCGUACUGGUGGAAUUUCAUUGUUGCAGGAUAGAAAGCUGAAGUUGCAGCAUGCCGAAGAAGAUGAUGACGCUCGCUCUGUUAGCUCCGUCAGUUCCGUUAUCCCCAGUGAUAUUGACAGCUCCGACGACUCCGAUGAUUAUCAGGGCGUUGAUGAAGUUAGUGAUGGCGAAGAUGAAGAGUUGAUGCUGGAAAAAAUUGAAGAGGAGAUCAUUCUUGAAUCUGAGAAUGAACGGUCUACCUUCAGUAGGCUGUCCGGCACCGGCUUCGGUGGCGGUGAUGAGUGGACGGAGCUGGAUGAUCUUGAGCAUCGCCCGUUCUACACCGCAGGCUCCUUCUUUGAUGACGAGCAUCUUCUCAUGCAGUCUGGAGGACAUAGUGACCACGUUGAUGCAGGUUUGACCAGCGAGGCAGCUGAGACUCCUGUUCAACGGCGAGUUCACUUUGAGUCGGAUGACUCGUCCGACUCUGACAAGUCUAGUGAUGAAGAUGAACUGCUUCCCGACUUUUUACACCAGGAUCGACUUGAUCCUGACCUACGACGAAUGAUCGAGACGGAUUCAGGACCACCGAGGCGAACACGAAGUCCCUAUGACUUAUUCAUCAACAGUGACUUCUGUGACUUGCCUGAUAACAUCUAUCAUGUGGAAGAAUCCGAUAACUCGGUGGGAAGCUCCAGUGGCUACGAAUCUGAUGAUGGGGAAACCACUGAUGAGGAAGAUUACCUCCCUCUAGCCACCAUCACUCAUCCGAGAUCUAUUCUCCGCAGAGAGUCGAGUGUCUCACUCUCCGGAGACGCUGAGGAAAACAAGGCUGACUCUUGUGCUCCUCAGCGAGGGCCUCUCAGAGGAACGUUCAUUGCUGAUCCGUAUAAACCGGUUGCUGUCGUUGCCCCCAACGGCAGGCAGCUAAUUCUCAUUCCUCCUUAUGCAUCUUCCCGCCAUGACUGGCUCGAGUCGGCUGCCGGCAGCUUGGUUAACACUGCAAACAACUCUCCUGGUACAGCACAUAUAGACGACAGUGAUACCGAUGCACUGGUGUCUCCUCGUAACACUGACAUGAGCCCUAUGUUAAGCUCCAAUGCCAAUCUAAUGAUGAGUGCACUGGGCAACGACUCGGUAGGCCAGGUCAUGGGCCCUCCAGAGGCAUUCUACCCUACCAACCGCUACUCGAUGGAUGCCAGCUACGAUGAGGAUGAAGAAGAUAGCGAGGCCAUGCUAAACGUUGACGAUUUCAUUGACUUCGGGGACGGCUCGUCCGACGAUGAAGACCGAGAAUUGGACGACUUGGAGGAACCUACUUCCCCUGCCGCCGCAUCUACCAUUGGCUGUCUAACACCAACACCCCGACGAGCCUCUGGUGUUGCCACGGAUAACGACCAAACCCCAACACAAGCAAGCAGUGCUGAACGGCUUCUUAACCACCUUGAUCGCGGCAUCGUUACCGCCUUCCGUCGUAACCAUAACAGAUACCAGGCACUAAUCAGACUCCCACAUCACAAGGAGUUUUUGCCUGCCAACUCUCCCUCUCAGCCUGCAAGUGCCUUCAAACGCUCUAACCCUCGCACCCCAACGAGGAAGAGACAAGCAAGUACUUACCUGAGCAGCGAGGCCGUCCGGCGAAAGCUGGUCGAUUCACAUCGCAGCCGGAGAAACACCGUUGCAUAUUAA